AUGAGUGCUGGUGCGACAAGCCUUAUAUUUUCCUACUACAACUUGAAGGGCGAUGAGGUAUCGUGGACGCGGCGAAUGCAUGAGCAGUAUGGAGAGGUCGUGCGCCUUAGCCCUGAUAGGCUCAGCUACAUCAACCCGCAAGCAUGGAAAGAUAUUGCUGGGCACCGCGUUGGGAACCGGAAGGAGAACUCGAAAGAUCCCCGCUUCCUGGGCCGAGCGUACAAUGGUGAAGACAGUAUCGUCACAGUGAUGGACACGAAAGAACACAGUAGCACUCGCAAGAUCUUCUCACACGCAUUCAGCGAAAAGGCGUUGAGGUUGCAAGAGCCCAUGAUCCGCGACUACGUUGGGCAACUUAGAGAGGUUUUGUAUGAGAAAUCUAAUGAGCAAGUGGAUCUGGUCAAACUUUACAAUUGCACGACUUUCGAUAUUAUGGGAGAUUUGGCGUUCGGCGAGCCCCUGGGCCUGCUUCAAGCUUCAGAAUACACACCGUGGGUCAAAGCUGUGUUUCUCAGCAUCAAGGCGGGCACCUUCCUUCGUCUGGCGCGCCAGUACCCUUUUUUCCAGAACAUAGUGGAACUUCUUACGCCCAAAUCCCUCAAGGAGAAGCGACGAUUACACUUCGAACAUGCUGUAGAGCGUGUCGACCGUCGUUUGGCAAAUGGAGACAAUCCCGACAAACCGGAUAUCUGGAGCCUUAUCCUGGAAAAGGAAGGCGAUCAGCUCGAUGUUGGCAAGAUGCAUGCCAACGCAUCGAUCUUCAUGGUUGCUGGCACUGAAACUACAGCGACGCUGCUGAGCGGCUUGACAUUCUACCUUCUUAAAAAUCCCGACAAGAUGCAGAAGGUGCAAGACGAAGUGCGUGCACUAUCCGAAGAGGACUUGACGCUUGAUAUGCUACCUCGACUGCCUUACAUGAACGCUUGUUUUGAGGAAGCCCUCCGCGUAUAUCCCCCUGUCCCCAUCGGUCUCCCUCGGGUGGUGCCAAAGGGGGGCAACGCUAUCUGCGGGGACUGGAUUCCAGCAAAUACUCGUGUCUACGUCUCUCAGAAGGCAGCGUAUUCCUCUCCGCUUAACUUCAAAGACCCCGACUCUUUCAUCCCUGAGCGCUGGCUGCCAGAUACAGGUUAUGACGGCGACAAGAAGGAAGUCAUGCAGCCUUUCUCCUACGGGCCGCGGAAUUGCGUAGGAAAAAACUUAGCAUACCAUGAGAUGCGGAUCAUUUUCGCAACCGUUCUGUGGCACUUUGACCUGGAACUGUGCCAGGAGAGCUCUUUCCACACGCAAAACUUUGAUCGACGUCUAAUGGAGAAGGAUCAUGAGUCCGGCCGCUCAGGCCGUAUUCCGCACUUCCAACGAGUCUUCAACCAAGGAGUCGUCAACGACGACAUCAUCAACCACCUUUACAGGGGAUCAGGGACUGAGAAUGACCCUUUUCUGGUCACUUGGAUCGACAAUGACCCGAUCAACCCGAUGAACUAUUCGACUGGUAUGAAAUGGAGCAUCACUAUGCUUGUCGCGAUCGCAACGCUGGCUGUAGCCUUCGUGUCCUCUGCAUACUCUGGCGGUGUCGCUGAGAUCCUGGAAGAAUUCCAAAUCUCACAGAUCAUCGGUACACUAGGUAUCUCGUUGUUCGUCCUAGGGUUCGCUAUCGGACCGCUGGCAUGGGCUCCAUUGAGUGAAUUGUACGGUCGCCAGUACCUCUUCUUCGGUACCUACAUGUGCCUCACUGCCUUCAACGCUGGCGCGGCUGGCUCUCAGAACAUCGAGACUCUGAUCAUCCUAAGAUUCUUGGCUGUUGGUGGUUUCGUCGGUCAGUCCAUCGGCUGGCGCUGGAUCGAAGGCGUCAUGGCUAUAUUCACUGGUGUUCUCUGGAUCGUCUACACUGUCUUCAUCCCAGAGACCUAUGCCCCAGUGCUGCUCAAAAAGCGUGCCGCAGCCCUCUCGAAGCGAACCGGAGACGUCUACAAAAGCAAAUCCGAGGUCGAGCAAGGCACCAAAUCUAUCGGGACAGCAUUCAAGACCGCUCUCAUUCGCCCAUGGCAACUUCUAUUCCUCGAACCGAUCGUUCUGCUCCUAUCCAUAUACAUGGCCGUCAUCUACGGAACGCUAUACAUGCUCUUUGGCGCUUUCCCCAUAGUCUACCAGCAAGGCCGUGGCUGGUCGCAAGGCAUUGGUGGUCUCGCAUUUUUGGGUGUGGCAGUAGGCAUGAUUGCAGCCACUAUCUACUCGAUAUGGGACAACAAGCGUUACAACAAGGCCAUCGAGGCUUCGCCUUCUGGCAUCGCCGCGCCCGAAGCUCGACUUCCACCUGCCCUUCUGGGCUCUGUCAUUAUGCCCAUUGGCCUUUUCUGGUUCGCGUGGACCAAUGGACCGAACAUUCACUGGAUUGUUAGCAUCAUAGCUAGCGUGCCUUUCGGCUUCAGUAUGGUUCUUGUCUUCCUUUCGAUCAUGAACUACCUCAUCGAUGCGUACCUCAUCUACGCGGCGUCCGCUCUUGCUGCUAACUCGGUGCUGCGAUCGCUCUUUGGCGCUGCAUUCCCGCUUUUCACUUCUGACAUGUAUAAGAAUCUGGGCAUACAUUGGGCUUCUUCGGUUCCGGCAUUCUUGGCAUUAGCUUGUGUGCCUUUUCCUUUCUUAUUUUACAAAUAUGGUGCUGCGAUUCGUCAGCGCUGUAAGUAUGCUGCGGAGGCUGCGGAGUUCUUGGAGAAGAUGCAGCAGAAAGGCUAA